AUGGUGGAGAAUGAUGCUAAGAGGUUGGAAGAAGGGUUCGGACAUAACCCAGUUCCUGAAGUCUAUGAAGAAGACGAGCAUAAGAAGGAAGUUUUGACCAGUAAUAGUACUGGAGAUGCAAUUGACCGUGUGGACGAGAAGAAAGCCGUGUCGACGGAGCCCCGGGAGGUGGAGCAAGUCAAGGGUGCUGAGGAGGAACAACCACUGCAGGUUAAGCAGAAGAGCAAGAGGGUUGCUACUUUGGAUGCAUUCAGAGGCCUUACCAUUGUGGUCAUGAUUUUGGUGGAUGAUGCAGGGGGAGCAUACGCGCGUAUUGACCACUCGCCAUGGAAUGGAUGCACCUUGGCUGACUUUGUCAUGCCCUUCUUCCUCUUCAUUGUUGGUGUUGCCAUUGCCCUUGCUCUCAAGAGAAUUCCAAAGACCAGUGAUGCCGUCAAGAAGAUUAUUCUGAGAACAAUAAAGCUUCUGUUUUGGGGAAUCAUUUUGCAAGGUGGAUACUCUCAGGCCCCCGAUACACUAGCAUAUGGAGUUGACAUGAAAAAAAUUAGAUGGUUUGGCAUUCUCCAGAGAAUAGCAUUGGUCUACUGUGUUGUUGCUCUAAUAGAGACAUUUACCACCAAACUCAGACCAACUGUUCUUAAAUCUGGACCAGUCUCUAUUUUCACAGCAUAUAAAUGGAUUGGAGGAUUUGUUGCCUUCUUGGUCUACAUGAUUACAACAUUUUCGCUAUACAUUCCGGAUUGGAGCUUUGUAAAACACUAUGACGAUGGAUCAACCAAGAAAUACUUGGUUAAGUGUGGGAUGAGAGGACAUCUAGGACCUGCUUGCAAUGCAGUCGGAUACGUGGAUCGACAGGUCUGGGGCAUAAACCAUCUCUACAACCAACCUGUAUGGAUCCGUUUGAAGGCAUGCACACUUAGUUCUCCUAGCACUGGUCCAUUGAGAAAGGGCGCUCCAAGUUGGUGCAGGGCUCCUUUUGAACCAGAAGGCCUUUUGAGUUCGAUUUCAGCUAUUCUUAGUGGCACAAUCGGCAUCCAUUAUGGGCACAUUUUGAUCCACUUCAAGGGUCACGCAGAGAGGCUCAAACAAUGGGUCUCAAUGGGGCUUGUGUUAAUGAUCAUAGCCAUCAUUCUACAUUUUACAGAUGCAAUUCCAAUCAAUAAGCAACUCUACAGCUUCAGCUAUGUUUGUUUCACAGCCGGUGCAGCUGGAUUAGUUUUCUCUGGAUUUUACUUACUGAUUGAUGUUUGGGGAUAUCGGACUCCAUUCUUAUUCCUGGAGUGGAUAGGAAUGAAUGCAAUGCUAGUGUUUGUGAUGGCAGCUCAGGGAAUCUUUGCAGGAUUCGUAAAUGGGUGGUACUAUGAAACCCAAGACAAAACACUAGUGUACUGGAUCCAGGAGCAUGUCUUUAACAAUGUAUGGCACUCAGAGAGGCUAGGAACCCUCUUAUAUGUCAUAUUUGCUGAAAUUACAUUCUGGGCAGUAGUUUCUGGCAUCUUGCACAAACUCGGAAUAUAUUGGAAGCUGUAG